GUUCUGUCCCAUUCUGUACGAGCGAUCGGAGAAAAGCAGCUUCUUCGGAAUUGUCUUUUUUCAAUUUUCCUAAAGACAAGCAUCUCCGGAGGAAAUGGAUCGCAGCCAUACGUCGAGAUGUGAGCAACUCCUUCCAGUUUUAAGUCAUUCUGAGUGAAUGUGACCUGGGUAACAUUUGGCGAGCGUGCCAGGAUCAGAAGAUUCUACGUUACCCAGCACUGAACAACAUGGCGGAAUGGGAAAUCAAGUCCAUUAUAUAUGGGUUGAGUCCAACCCGACUGGGUGAGAUCCUCGAUCGACUAGGAGUAACAGUCAAGUCUACCGAAGAUAAAGGACAGUUGUUGACAACAAUAGAGUCCUACAUUACUGAUUGCAAGACAGAUGAGAACAAAGGGGCUACCAAGUUAGGCCUACUUCUGACAUUCUGUAAGGAAGACAGCAUGCCUGUAGACACUGAUUCUGGAGUUCAUCGUUCCCAAACUCAAGCUUCUUGGAGGAAAGAAUUCAAGGUACAUGGACAAAUCAACGGAAAACUGGGAAUCAGCUUUGUUAAUCUGGUUAGGCAAAUAGAUUCUGGGAAACAACGGGGCUAUUCUGACACAGAGAUUAUUGAUGGAGUUAUCAGAGCAAUUAGCACUACAGAUCCGUUCCGUGGGUACCUGGAAGGAAACGACAAGUUAUCCAUACCUGUACUUCGUAAACUGUUACGAUCAUACUUUCAAGAACGAGGAGCUACAGAGCUAUACCAAGACCUAAGCAAUGGGGUACAGUCACAGAAAGAAGAAGCCCUAGACUUUGUUCUGAGGAUGCUUGAUCUCGGCCAGAAGAUUCUUUUCUCUUCACUUGAAGAAGGUGCUGAUGACAUAUGAUCCGACCUUGGUUCGUCAGGUCACACGAAGAAGUAUACUGACUGGUCUCAGAGAUCCUAUAUUGGCUCAGGAACUGAAGAAUUCAUUUGGUAGGGACCCAAGUGAUGAAGAGAUUGUUACUCUGGUUAGUAGUGCAGUUUCUUCUCUCAACGAGCGAAAUCGCAAACCAAAUCAGCAAGUGUGAGAGGAAUUCAAGCAGAAAACAGAACUGAAAACCCAAGUACACAGGUGAAAGAUGAUGCAACUCAAAGCCUGAUUAAGGAACUACAAGCUGAAGUGGCUGCAUUAAAGAUGAACAAUACUGCUCAAUCAAGAAUGGCGCAAAGGAGACCCAAGAGAUUAUGCGACAGUUGCACAAGUACCGGCAGGAGCUAUUGUGAUCAUUGUUUUGCCUGUGGUUCAAGUGAACAUCUGCAGAUUGGGUGCAAGAAGCGAAGGCAAAAUCGUCGGUCGGAAAACGGGAGCGAGUCAGUGAUGUAAGGGGCCCUCUGACUCGUGUGGAAAAGACCCUGAAUGUUAGCUGUUGUCAGUGUGAAAAGAACCUUGAAGGAUCUAGAUAUCAGAAAUGUUCUAAAUGCCAUACUACUCCCUACUGCUCCUACAGCUGUCAAGCUGUCCACUGGGACCACCACAAGAGGGUAUGCAGUGCCAUAAGUGGACUUGAGAGCAAAGCUAACAAGAUAGAUAUGGGUGACACAGCUUCACUAACACUAACUCAGAAGCAGGAACUGGUCAGGCUAGUUGGUAAACAGUGCAAGGUACUCUGCCUAUUCAAUGGUAUAAAAACAGAGGUCUUAUGGGACACUGGUGCGCAGGUAUCGAUAGUAUCACAGUCAUUUCUCGACCAAAACUUCAGAGACAGUGAAAUCAGGGACUUUCAUGAACUUCUGGGUGAAGAACUGACAGUCAAAGCCGCCAAUGGGGAAAAUAUACCAUUUCUGGGAUGGACAAAAGUGCAAUUUCAGUUGUUGAGGGGAGACCCUAACAAAUCCCUGAACGUUCCAGUUUUAGUCACAAAUCUUACAGAUUUUGAUUGUCCAAUCAUUGGUUCUAAUGUGAUAGAACAGUAUCUUAGUGAUACUGAUGCAGAUAGUGUUCAUGUGAUACAGUCUGGUCUGCCGACAGUAGCUAAAUCUAAACUAAAUGCUAUUGUAAAUCUAUUGAAAGAGGAAAAAUCUGAUAUAUUGUUUGAAGUUUUCAGCAGCAAGCAGGGUAUCACAGUUAGCGCAGGACAUUGUAUGCGAGUGAAAUGUCAAGUCAAGUCCAACCUCAAAGAACCGAUUACAGCUGUGUUUGAACCAAGUAAUGAUAACUCUUUGCAUGAAGAUUUAACAGUUUCAGGAUCACUACUCCACAUCAAGAGAGGCACUAAGGCCAGCAUUCCAGUCACUCUGAUGAACCAUUCUAGUCGGGACAUACAAGUUAAGAGUAAAACACUUCUUGGAACUAUCCAACAAAUACAGUCAGUGACACCACUGAAACCACCAGACAACCUUGAGACCCCACUGCAGGAAGCAACUGAACGUGCAUCGGAUGAUCCUCCAUCAUCACAGAUACCAGUUACAGAUGGAGAACUCUGGCAUCCGCCAGUGGAUCUUGACAACACAGAUCUAUCUGCAGAAGAGAAGGGGCAGGUACGUCAAAUGCUGUAUGAGGAAUCAAAUGUAUUUAGUCGAAGUGAUGAUGACAUUGGCACUAUUACUGAACUGCAAAUGGACAUUCGCCUAACUGAUAGCACACCAGUACAGAAGAGUUACAUGUCUAUUCCUCAGCCACUUUAUCAGGAAGUUAAGACUUACCUGGAGGAUCUUUUGCGCAAGGGGUGGGUGACCCCAUCGUCAUCACCAUAUUCAAGCCCACUUGUGUGUGUACGGAAAAGGGACUCGUCGCUGAGACUAUGUGUGGACUUCAGGGCUCUGAAUCGUAAAAGUAUCCCGGAUAGAUACCCGAUAAUUCGUGUUCAAGAUGCAUUGAACAGAUUAGGUGGAAACAGAUGGUUUACUCUCCUGGAUCAAGGAAAAGCAUAUCACCAAGGAUUCAUCCGAGAGGAGUGUCGACCAUACACAGCAUUCACCAGUCCCUGGGGUUUAUAUGAAUGGACACGCAUACCGUUUGGACUCAGUGGGGCACCAGGUGCAUUUCAGCGAUUCAUGGACCAGUGCCUUCAUGGACUCAGAGAUAAGAUAUGCAUACCUUAUCUAGAUGACAUAAUCUGCUUCAGCAAGGAUUUCUCUCACAUAGAAGACACAUAGAAGAUGUUAGGGCAGUAUUACAUCGCCUACAUGAGCAUGGUGUGAAACUCAAAGCUAGGAAAUGUAACCUCUUUCGGAAGCAGAUACGAUAUUUAGGUCACAUGGUAUCUGAACAAGGAAUAGGAAUGGACCCAGAGGAUAAAGCAGCAGUUCUGAAGCUGAAAACGAACAACCCAUCAACUGUUGGUGAUGUCCGUAAAUUGCUUGGAUUCAUAGGCUACUACCGAAAGUACAUUCCUAACUUUGCCAGACGAGCCCAGUGUUUAUUUGAACUGUUACGGAAACCCGAAACAAAACCAGCAAAAUCUGCAAAGAACAAGUACAAAUCUAAGAAAGGAUCUGGUCAAGUGUCAUCCAACUACAAGAUUGAAUGGACUAAGAGACAUCAAGAUGCAAUAAAUGAUCUCAUUGAUGAACUCUUGAGUGACAGAAUCAUGUGCUAUCCUGAAUGGGAUAAAGAAUACAUACUCCAAUACUCCAUGUUGACGCUUCACAAGAAGGUUUGGGUGCUAUCCUGUAUCAACAAAGAGCAGAUGGGCAGUUGGGUGUUAUUGCUUAUGGUUCAAGAUCGCUAUCCCCAGCAGAAAAAAAUUAUCAUUCUCAUUCUGGAAAGUUGGAGUUUUUAGCUUUAAAAUGGGCAAUAACUGAAAAGUUCAGGGACUAUCUAUACUAUUCACCCAACUUUGUUGUCUAUAGCGACAACAACCCUCUGACGUAUGUAUUAACAACAGCCAAGCUGGAUGGAACCAGACAUCGAUGGGUAGCUGAGCUAGCAGACUAUAACUUCUCUAUAAAGUACAAGCCAGGGAAACAGAACAAUGAUGCUGAUGGACUAAGUAGAAUGCCAUUAGACUUCAAUGAAUACAUGUCCCAAUGCACAGAAGAAGUAAACCCAGAUGUUAUAGGUACGUCUAUUCAGGUAGUGAAUGCUAGGGAAACAAAUGAGGUAGCAUGGAUAUCUGCAAUCACAGACAGUUACAGCAACUUAACAGAUCUUGACUCAUCAGCUGAUGAUUCAAAACCCUUCCAGUGCUUUACAACAAGAGACAUUCGACAAGCCCAGAGGAAUGAUGAUGCUAUUAGUCCAACUUUACAGCUACUGCGCCGCAAACGGAGUAGGAGAGUAGGACGGGAUGUUGUCCAUGACAAGGCCAACCCUGAAUUGAACUGUUUACUCAGAGAACUCAAUAAGCUCAUCUUUGACAAGAAUGGUAUAUUGUGUCGCAAAACUUCAAUCUUUGGUCUUCAAGAGAGAAUUCAAAUGGUGUUGCCAAAAGUGUACAGGUCAUUGGUGUUGAAAGAACUCCACAAUGACAUGGGUCAUCAGGGUAUCGAGAGAGUGACUGACCUAAUCAGGGAGAGAUUUUACUGGCCCUUCAUGCAGCGUGACAUAGAAAGAUAUGUGACUAAAGAGUGCAGUUGUUUAAAGCUCUGCACGCUAACGUCGAACCCAUUCGACAGAGGUGUCCAUCCCCGUGCAUCUGACGUCGAACCCAUUCGACAGGCGAAUAGCAUAACAACACCCCAAAAUAAAACUCGCCAUAUCUAUUUACCAAGAAGGC